AUGGCUUUCGAACCCACCGCCGAGAGGCUCCUGCCGGCGUCCAACUACCCGGAAUCCCGAGUCCUCAUCAUCAUGACGGGCGGAACCAUAUGCAUGCAGCCUACCGCUGACGGACUCCAGCCUAUUGGAGGUUUCUUAAAUAAUGCCAUGGCUCCGCGCCCCUCAUUCAAUGACAAGUCGUCGCCUUCAGUCCAGCUUGACGCCAUCAAGGACGGCCAAAAAGUUAUGCUUGACAGUUUGAGAACACCGCCAAGCGCCUACUCCCGCCAUAUUCGCUACGGCGUGCUGGAGUUCAGCCCUCUGCUGGAUUCAAGCUCCAUCUCGGCGGAGGGCUGGACCGAGAUCGCCCAGACCAUUCGGGAGAAUUAUCGCCUCUUCGACGGGUUUGUUGUUUUGCACGGCACCGACUCUCUGUCGUACACGGCCUCGGCUCUUUCUUUCAUGCUUUCUGACCUAGGCAAGCCCGUCAUCCUCACAGGAUCCCAAGCCUCUAUCUUCGCUCUCCAGUCGGACGCCGUGGACAAUCUCCUGGGCUCGCUCAUUAUCGCAGGAACCUUUGUCAUCCCCGAGGUCGGCCUGUUCUUCCACCAUAAGCUGUUCCGCGGCAACAGAACCAGCAAGGUUUCGUCCGCCGCUUUCGAGGCCUUUGCUAGCCCCAACUGCGAGCCCCUGGCCAAGGUCAACGGGCUGGGUAUUGAUGUUAACUGGCCCAUCGUGCUAAGACCCACCAGGAUCGCCGAGCUUCAGGUCACCAACCACCUCGACACCGCCCACGUCGCAUGUCUUAGAGUCUUUCCCGGUAUCCGGCCAGAGAUGCUUGAUUCGGUUCUGCGCGUCCCCGACCUGCGCGGUCUCAUUCUGGAGACCUUCGGCAUGGGCAACGCUCCUAGCGGCAUCGAUGGCAGCCUGACCAAGGUCAUUAAGGCGGCUGUCGACCGUGGCGUCAUCGUCGUCAACGUCAGCCAGUGCAUGAGCGGUUUUGUGUCCCCCGUCUACGGCCCCGGAACCGAACUCGGCCGCGCCGGCGUCAUCUUCGGCCUCGACCUCACUGCCGAAGCGGCCCUGACAAAGCUGUCGUACCUACUCGCCAUUCCGAACCUGUCAACCGCCGAGGUCGGCGCGCGGAUGUCGCAGUCGCUGCGCGGCGAAAUGACCGAAAUGGCACUCCCGGUAUUUUCGCACCCAUCUGGCUCACUCGACUCGGUCGUAUCUCGGCUAACGGCCUCAGAAUCGGCAUUUACCGUCCUCGGCUACGCCAUACGGAAUGGCGAUGUCCGGGCGGUGAGGGACAUCCUGGACAACGACGGCCAGCGCGAGCUCCUAAAGAUGGCCGACUACGCCGGAAACACGGCCGUCCACCUGGCCGCCGUCGGACCCGACCUCGAGAUUCUGCGCGAACUGCUGACGAGGGGAGCCAGCGUGCACGCGCGGAACCGCGCCAACAACACGCCGCUCUACCUCGCGGAAAAGACAGGCAAGGAGGAGUGUGUGCGGCUGCUCAAGGAAACGGGAGCGCACUUGUGGCAGGAAGAGGAGGUUAUUCUAGGCUCUGUGCAAGCGUCUGCAUCUGCAUAUGGAGGAGUUCAAAAGUAG